AUGGCAGUAGCGAGCAAAGGCGAAAAUCCAGAUGAGUCGCACAGCGUGACACAAAAGCAUGCCUCAGAAGCGUGUGCGCCUCAGAGCGACAAAUCACAGUAUUUAGCUCUGCUGCGCCACAACAUCACACUCCUCAAGCGAAGCGUGGCUCAUGUAGAGCAGCGCUACAUGGCACGGGUCAUUCGCUCGCUUCCUUACGUGCGCACGCACGUGCAAGAAAAGGCUGAUGUGCUCGCACUCGUUGUGCAAGAGGCCCUUCCAGAGGCGAGCACAUAUCGCGAGGAGUUGCUUAGUUUGUUGCCGCAGCCAUUCGUCAACGAUGUGGCGGAUGCAUCAAAGACAGUAGAAAAGCCUGCGGCUAUGGACGAAGAAAUGCCAGAUGCUUCAUCGGCUAUGCCAUCACACAAUGCUGCAUCAGAGACGCGUACAGAUGAUGAUGCACUGCCAGAGCUUGUGGCAUACUUGCGCCUGCUGGUCGUCGUGUACCUGCUGGAUCAGCCAGCAUGCCUGGCGAAGGCUACGGCGCUGUGCGCCAAAGCUGUCGACGAAGUGGUGCUGCAAAACCGACGCUCACUUGAUAUCCUUGGUGCAAAGCUAGUCUUUUUCCUAGCUCGCUGCUACGAGAAGAACAAAGACGAGGGUCUCACGUCGUUGCGAGAUAUGCUUUUGGCUUUGCAACGCACAUCGUCUCUACGACAUGAUUCAGAAACGAAUGCGACAGUCCAGAAUGUGUUGCUCCGUAUGUAUAUUGUCGAGGGCAAUCUGUAUGAGCAGGCCGAUAAGCUUGUGGCUCGUGCCCCCUUCCCACGCACACAUGCAUCGAAUCCACAAGUCGCACGCUACGACUACUAUGUGGGCCGAAUCCGCGCUGUGCAGUUGAACUACUCCGAUGCACAUUCGCACCUUCAGCAGGCGAUUCGUCGCGCGCCUCAGCAAGGACUCUUGACGAAGCGGAGCUUGCCAGAUCAAGACGACAAUGGCGUCAAGCCUGUGGCUGGCGGCUUCCUCCAAACGGCUUACAAACUCCUCAUCAUUGUCGAGCUGUUAAUGGGCGACUUGCCUGAGCGCUCGAUUUUCCGGCUUCCUCUGCUACGACAGGCAUUGGCAUCGUAUUUGCCGAUCGUGCAGGCGGUGCGUGUGGGAGAUUUGUCUUUGUUCCAGGCGACGCUUCAGCGGAAUGAAGCACUCUUCCUCCGCGACAAGACAUACUCGCUGAUCCUCCGCCUGCGACACAAUGUGAUCAAAACAGGGAUCCGCCGCAUCUCGCUCGCUUAUUCGCGCAUCUCUUUGGCUGAUAUCACGCGCAAGCUGCAUCUGGAGUCGGAGGAAGAUGCAGAGUACGUGAUUGUCAAGGCCAUCCGCGACGGUGUGAUUGAUGCGCGUGUCGACCAUGAAAAUGCCAUUAUGAUCUCCAAUGAGGCCGUUGAUAUAUACGCGACCAAUGAGCCGCAUGCACAGGUGCAGCAGCGGAUCGACUUUUGUCUGCAGCUGCACAAUGACAGCGUAAAAGCGAUGCGUUACUCAGUCGACAGCCACCGCGCUGAUCUUGACUCGGCCAAUGCGGCUCAUGCCCGUGAGCGUGAGUUGGCAAGUGAAAUUACCGAUGGUGAUUUGGACGAUUCUGACGACGGCUGGCCAUAG